GUCCUUAUUAUUUUUUUUGACUUCCUCUCAUGUAAAAUGACUUCCAUAAUCCAGUACUUGGACUCCAGCUCUAGGUUCUGGCCUUUACUUGUGCAACUGUAUGCCUUGGUAAGUUUCUGUUAAACAGUCUAUGUCUGGAAAGAACCUCUCCCUAAUUUAUUUCUGAGCAUAUUUUAAAAGGUAAGGUAUUUUAGUUUUUAUUUGCAGAAACCUAUUUUACAGAAAUAAGUUAAUUCAGUUUCUAUAAUGUACAAUACAGGUUACAUUCAAACAGAACUUGUAGUAGCUUUUAAGUAGCUUUUUAGUAUAAUUUAUCAUGUAUAUGUUUGAAUGUUGUAGUCAUUUUUGGUGGCCUCUGUGCUACAAGUGUGGUCACUCAGCAGUAACACCUGUAAAACUAUCAUCACUUUUAGUAUUAGAUGGAAAUUCCCACACUGUGUCAUCCGUCGGUGCAAUGACCCAAGAGUUGUUUCAAUGUAAAGUCGGUGUGUGCAGAUGGUACAGUCACGAUGUUAUUUUUAACUCAAGUGGAUAACUGUCUGUGCUGUCGUCUGGAAAAGACACCGCUGUAAAUAAACACAUCCAUCUACGACAGCACUUAAAGACCCCCGUCAGCCAUCAAGUCUGAUCAGCCUGUUACUUUACGUUCACAUUAUUGUCACAUAUGCGUUAACACUGUACAGAUAUAUUUUGGCAUAAAGAAGUAUUUUUUGUAACAAUCUGUUGGAGGCGUGUGCUGAUGGAGCAGUGGUGAGAGAACGAGAGAAAGGUCUUCACUGAAGCUCUUUGUGAGGCAUGGUUGUGGUGGUGAAUGCAUUUCACUCGAACAUUGAGAAAAUCAUACUAUUUUUUUCCAACUCUGGGUUUAUUUUCUUUAUAAAAAACUGAAUAUUCUUAACUGUUCACGGAUAUUUGUUGUUGUUUUUUAUUCCUUUGAGCUUUAUUAAAAUGCAGGCAAUCAAACAGACCUCACCCUGUCUUGAUUAUUUUCUGUCUCAUCUCAUUUACUUCACUGAUAUUAAUUUUCUUGUGAAAGAUUUACAUUCCGGGCAAUCAGGAGGUCAAACAACAUACAUGUACGUGUAUGUGUAUUUAGCUACUGUGAAUUACUGCAUAAUAACAACAGUCAUUCAAAAUGGCCGACUCUUGAAGUAAACACACAACUCAUUCUGCUGAAAUUAAAACAACAACUAACAUCAUGUCAUAAUAGAAAAUCUUUCUUCUAUGACCCCCUUGUACCACAUGACCCUGUUAUUGGGAUCACUUUAAUAAACAGCACAUCCUGAUUCCAGAUUCCAGAAAAAGCUCAGCAUCUCUAAUUAAACACUGAUUACACACUGAAAUUACAACCACAGACAGUGACAUGGAUGAAAUACUGUAUGACACAAUGGUAAAUAUAAUUACGAGGCUAGAUAAAGACUAUAGUCACACCAGGCUAGUCUGUUAUUCCAUAUCUCUUUUUGGCUGUUAUGAGUUUUUAUUGUCUAGUACUUCAUUGAACAGUUUGGUCUUUGUGUCUGGUUGAGUGUUCUGUGGGACGUCUCUCAGGUGAAACAGACAAACAUAGGGGCUCUGUGACUCCCACUGUGUCAAUAUUGGUGCUCAGCUGGCUCCUAACAAUCCAUCCCUGACAGCUCGAAGGAGGGAAACAUUUGCAUUUUCUUUUGUCAUGAUUCACAGUGGGUCUCAGAUGGAAAACCAAUGGUCCCUAAGGGUCUGAGCUGUGGUAUUAGUGUUAGGUUUCAGAUCAAUUCAUAAUAAAUACUCUAACACACUACAUACACAGAAUUAUUUUUUGUUGUUGUUGCAAAUUUCAUAAUUAUAAUAUUGUUUUUUUGCACCUCACUGACAUUUUGCUAAAGAAAAUUAAGCAGUCAGAUAGCAGCACAUCAACACAAACCCAACACUAUACACAUAAAUAUGACAAACUACAUGUAAGCAGAUGGAUGGAUGGAGUUCUUCUACAAACAGACAGCAGCAGCAGUAUCAGGGCUGGGCACUAUCACCAAUAUCAUCAUCAGACUACAGCAGUGAGAGCCAAAGAAAGAUCCAGUUAGAAGCAGCAGCAGGAGGAGGAGGAGAAGGAGGAGGAGGAGGAGGACUGACGGACAGACACCACAGCACAACACAGAGCCGUGCGGUCGUGACAGCGUCACAAACAGCCAACGGGCAGCGUCUUUACCCCAUGUAUUAUUAGACACAAGCCCGUCGUCACAAUGACAGCGGAAGAAACUAUUAACGUGAAGGAGGUGGAAAUCAUCAAGGCCGUCCUGGACUUUCUCAACUCCAGGAAACUGCACAUCAGCAUGUUAGCCCUGGAGAAGGAGAGCGGCGUCAUCAAUGGACUAUACUCCGAUGACAUGCUCUUCCUCAGGCAACUGGUGCUGGACGGGCAGUGGGAUGAGGUUUUGCAGUUUAUUCAGCCGUUGGAGUGUAUGGACAAGUUUGACACAAAAAGAUUUCGCUACAUCGUCCUGAAACAGAAGUUUCUGGAGGCUCUGUGUGUGAACAAUGCCAUGUCAGCCGAGGAUGAGCCACAGCAUUUGGAGUUCACUAUGCAGGAAGCAGUCAAGUGUCUUCAUGCCCUGGAGGAAUUCUGUCCUUCCAAGGAUGAUUACAGUAAACUAUGUCUGCUCCUCACACUGCCCCGUCUCACAAACCACGCAGAGUUUAAGGACUGGAACCCGAGCACAGCCAGGGUGCAGUGUUUUGAGGAAGCCUGCACGAUGGUGGCAGAGUUUAUUCCAGCCGACAGGAAGCUGAGUGAGGCUGGAUUCAAAGCCAGCAGUGACCGACUCUUCCAGCUGCUUAUGAAGGGAGUCCUCUAUGAGUGCUGCGUGGAGUUCUGCCAGAGUAAAGCCACAGGUGAGGAGAUCACAGAGAGUGAGAUCCUCCUGGGCGUGGACAUGCUGUGUGGUAACGGCUGUGACGACGUCGACCUCUCCAUGCUCUGCUGGAUGCAGAAACUCCCUCAGAGCGCCUUCUCCUGCGCCUUCGAACAAAAGCAUCUCAACAUUCACGUGGACCGCGUGGUCAAACCCGCUAAGACUGGCUACGCUGACCUCCUCACCCCUCUCAUCAGCAAACUGUCUCCGUAUCCGUCCUCCCCACUGAGACGUCCUCAAUCUGCAGACACCUACAUGUCUCGGUCCUUGAACCCAGCCCUGGACGGUCUGUCCUACGGUCUGUCUGGUCAGGACAAGAGAGCCAGUGGUGGUGAGAUAGUGCCGGGUAAAGGAGUCUCUCCCAUGUCCCACUCGUUUGCCAAUUUCCACUAUCCCGGAGCAGGACAGAACCUGAGCAGGAGUCUCAUGAUGGAGAGCUCCGACUGCCACAGCAUUUUUGAGGAGUCACCUGAAACAUCAAGGACGGAAACUCCUGUGGACAAGAUGCUGAGUUCAGGUGGAGCUCAGAACCUGCGUCCUGCCUCAGCUCCAGGUGAGGACGCACCACCUGCUGGCUCUGCUGACAAGGACGAGCUCCGUGACUCCACGGAGAAGUACGAGGAGUUCUACCGCCAGCGUCUUCGUGUGCAGCAGCACCUGGAGCAGAAGCAGCAGCAGAGACAGAUGUACCAGCAGAUGCUGCUGGAGGGAGGAGUCCAGCAAGAGCCUCCACCCAGCGACAUGCAGCACAGUCUCACAGAGAAGUUCCUCAACAGGUCCAUCCAGAAGCUGGAGGAGCUGAAUGUGGGCAUGGAGAAUUUAGGGGAGGAGGUGAAGUCUUUGGCCGAGCAGUGUAACGGGAACGGGAACAUGCUGCCCUCCGAGGACAACAACAACCUCCCAUCUGUGACCCAGGAGGACAGACAGGCCGCAGGGGGAGGGGUGGUGAGCAGCACCCCGCAGCGUGCAGUGGGGGGACGCACAGUUGAACCCCCGGAUGAGUCCCCUGUUGUCCCUAAGAGUGGCCAGAAACAACAAGACGACUCUCCCGGCUCCAACACCCGAAAUAAAGAGAGUGAGAAGCCCAAAGGUCUGUUUGUUCCCAUUCACACUCUUGAAGACACUCAGGCCAUUCGUGCUGUAGCCUUCCAUCCAUCUGGAUCAAUGUACGCUGUGGGAUCCAACUCCAAAACUCUACGUGUGUGCGCCUAUCCAGAGAAAAUCAGCCCCAGUGAUUCCAGUACCACAAAGCAGCCAGUUGUUCGGUUCAAGAGGAACAAACACCACAAAGGCUCCAUCUACUGUGUGGCCUGGAGUCAAUGUGGUCAGCUGCUGGCCACGGGCUCCAAUGACAAAUAUGUGAAGGUUCUGCCUUUCAAUGCAGAGACAUGUAAUGCCACAGGUCCAGACCUGGAGUUCAGCAUGCACGACGGCACCAUCAGAGACCUGGCAUUCAUGGAGGGUCCGGAGAGCGGAGGAGCCAUCCUGAUCAGUGCUGGUGCAGGAGACUGUAACAUCUACACCACAGACUGUCAGCGGGGACAGGGUCUGCACGCCCUCAGUGGACACACGGGUCACAUAUUGUCUCUGUACACGUGGGGAGGCUGUAUGAUCGCUUCAGGAUCUCAGGAUAAAACAGUGCGUUUCUGGGACCUCAGGGUGCCCAGCUGUGUCCGGGUGGUGGGGACAGCUUUCCACGGCUCAGGAAGUCCUGUUGCCUCAGUGGCAGUGGAUCCUAGUAGUCGUCUCCUCGCCACAGGACAGGAAGACAGCGCUUGUAUGCUGUACGACAUAAGAGGAGGACGGAUCGUCCAGGUGUACCGACCGCACAGCAGCGAUAUCCGAUCUGUGAGGUUUUCACCCGGAGCUCACUAUCUGCUCACCGGUUCCUACGACACAAAAGUCAUGGUCACCAACCUCCAAGGUGAUUUGACUAAACCGCUGCCUCUGACUGUGGUGGGAGAACACGGAGACAAGGUCAUCCAGUGCCGCUGGCACACGGACGAGCUGUCCUUCCUGUCGUCUUCUGCUGACCGCACUGUCACACUCUGGACACACAACCCAUCAUAAGCCUCAUAGACACAAGCAGUUUGUAUAAUCUAAAAAGACAUCAGUCCUCCUUAACCAACCUGCUCCGCCUGAUCUUAGUGUCAUCCUUUAACAUGUUCACACUUUCUCCUUCUGUCUAUAGGAAACAGAAACAUGAAAAGCACAUGUUACAUGUUGUAUUAUGAUUUCACACCGCUGGCACUGUUUUCAUGCUGAUGCUUUUUUCAUUUUUUAUAGAUUUAAACAUUGUAAUUCUCUUUAACUGUAAUAGACAAGGUUACUUGAACUAGAUUAUUUAAUUUUCCUCUAAACGUUUGUAGGAAAAAAUUGAGGGUGUAUAUGAAUAGGACAAAAUUUUAAUACAAUUAGUGCAGCUCACUAUUUCAGAUAUUUAUUUUAUAGGUUACUUUGCUGCACACGGCGUUGUCACUGGUGUUAUUACAAGAACUUUUAGUUAUUAACACCAUUUAAAAAAUAGCAAAUCCUACCCAGCGUAUCUUUUUUCAAAUGAAUGUUAAGAUUGAACUAAACAAAGUCCUUUUGUUGAUGGUGCCUUUUUUAAGUUCCCUUGUUUUUUUAACCUUUAAAUAUUCCACUUCUUCUCAUGCAUAUCAUUUCAUUGCAGCUAGCAUCUCCCGUUGCUAUAUUGUAUUAUAAGAAUAAACAUAGGAGUCGACCAUAUGAUGUAAAACACAGUGAGCUCUUCUCAUUGUGAGGCUAAAUUCGUGGAAACUUAACCUGAGUUUGUGGUUGCUUCUCUUUAGGACACGCUGAUGUCCAGUAUUAGUGUUAACUGCAAUAUUGUUUCAGUGUAAAUAAGCUUCAAAUUUUAAAUGCCUGCUAACCGUGUCUCUUACAGCCUGCUUACAGUGGAAAAUCAUGUACAUGAUAAAGGGACGCUAAAGUGCAACUUAUUGUUUAAUUCCUUGCUUUGUCUACUGCAGUAACAGAACAAUAGAGGUCAGAGUUGGACCAAUGAUAUUCUCUACUGCACACUGAAAUUUCAAAUGGAAGUGCGGGUUGAAAACAAUACUUGAUCUGAACCAGUAUUGACAGGCACUUUUAUUUCUAUUAUUAUUAUUCAAGCACUUUUAUUUCUAACAUUGACUUAACUAUAGGUUUAAUAUUUAAGUUUUUUUAUUCUCUCUGUAUAGAAUAUAUUGUUUUAACAAAUGAAGCCAAACUAAUGUGCACACAGAUGUAUUUAUUUCAGUCUCGUUCGUUGUAUGUACAGUCAUGUUGUAAAAUGCCUGCUAAUAUUAAGCCUUUUUAGUUUU